UUUUAUCAACGGGGACAAAGCCUUCGCUCGGCAUAUAUUCUCUUCCCGCUCCAACGCUUCCUUAUCCCUUCUACAUAGACAUUCCCACCACAACCGCCAAAUGCCUCGCCAUGUUUCAGUGGCCAUCUCAGAACCGCCCCGCUGGUGUUCAGCGAGCUCUCAACAGACCCACGAACCAUAGCUUACCAUCUCCCGACCAGGUCACCGAUUACUUGAAGAAGAAAGGUUUCACCAAGACCGAAGCCGUCUUCCGGCAAGAAACGUCUUAUCUGGGCCCCGACGGGAGACCCGCCCAGCGAAGCGAUGAUCCGGGUCCGAAGAAGUAUCUCAAAUCCUUUGUAUUGCUGAGAAACUGGAUUGAGAACAAUCUCGAUAUCUACAAAUUUGAACUCAGAAAGCUCCUCUGGCCCGUCUUUGUUUACUCUUACCUAGAGCUCAUCGGGCAGGGCUACACCGAUGACGCGAAGCAUCUACUGGAUACACUGCGCCCGAAUUUCGACGCUGUCCACCAUGAUGCCCUGGCGCUGCUGACAACGGUCACGCUGCCCCAGCAUGUCGAGGAAAACCAGACUACCCGGCUUUACCGGGAAAACAAGUACCGCAUCCCACUGAACCAGUCGCUUUCUGGCAAUCUCUUCCACUUCCUCGAGCGCGAGUCAGACGAAGGCGGGGCGACCAUUACCUACAUCCUCCAGACCUACUGCAGCGUUGAGACGAGCGCGCGCGGGCCAAUUGAGCCUUACAGCUUCGAGGCCAUCUACCGCCGCGCCCAGAACCUUGACCUGGACGAGGUGGACGCACAAGAAGGCAUCCCAGGCGUGUUCACGGGAGUAUCGAACCGCGACGUCCUUGAUACGAGCGCCAAGCUCAAGCUUGGGCCGAUGCCGAUGGAGUUCGAUCUGAGGGAGGAUGUCCGGGCCGAACUCGAGGAGGAAGACCAACGAAAUCCACCGGCCGACGGCCGGUCCUCCUUGGUCGAAGAGUUCGACAAGCGCAUUAAGCGCGAGGAAAGCGCCGACGCCCCUUCGCGAGCGGACUUGCCGCUUCCUCCGUCCCGGGCCCGAGACGUGGUGAUGGAGAUGCAAAAGGUGCGCGAAAACCGCGACAGGUUUCAGAUCGAGGGACGCACAGGCGGUAUUGGCAUCCCGGUUUCGUCCUGCAUGUUCACUUUCCACAACACGCUCGGAAGCGUGUCAUGCAUGGAUUUCUCCAACGACCACCAGCUCGUGGCGGCUGGCACAAUGGAUUCUUACAUCCGCGUGUGGUCUCUUGAUGGCAAGCCGCUCCCGACGUCUGUCGAGAACGAGAGGGACCUCAAGGUGAACAACCGGAAACUUAUCGGGCACUCGGGUCCCGUGUACGGGGUGGCAUUCUCGGACUCAAUCGCCAACCUGAACCGUAACAUAUAUGGCGAUGGCGACGACAAGAAGCCCGACACAGGCACGAAGUUGCUGUUGUCCUGUUCGGCCGACGGCCAAAUACGCCUCUGGUCUUUGGAUGUGUGGGCAUGCUUGUGCAUCUACAAGUCGCAUUACGGGCCGGUUUUCCGUGUUCUCUGGAGUCCCCACGGACACUACUUUGCCACGGCAGGAUGGGACAAGACGGUCCGUGUCUUUUCUCAAGACCAUGCCUCGGCGCAACGCCUCAUGGUCGGCCAUGACACCAGUAUCUCGGCGCUGACCUGGCACCCGAACGGCACCUAUGUGUUUUCCGCUUCAGACGAGAUGGACAAGUCGAUCCGCAUGUGGUCCAUCACCACCGGUAACUGCGUACGGGUCUUUACCGGCCAUGCUCACUACAUCAGCGCUCUCGAGUGUGCCCACAACGGGAAAAUACUGGCAAGCGCCGACGCAGGAGGAAACAUCAUCCUCUGGGACAUUGACAAGGGCACGCGUAUCAAACGAUGCCGCGGGCACGGCAAAGGCGGGAUUCCAUCUCUCAGUUUUAGCGCCGAGUCGAACGUUCUUGUAUCCGGCGGUCUGGAUGGUACCGUCCGUGUCUGGGAUGUUGAGCUACCCGCAGACCCCAGCAAGGCUAACCCGCUCACGGCCGGUGUUAUCCAGCCGGCACCGCAAGUGGACGGGGCGGUGGCAGGUGACACCAUCGCCGUCGGGGGCCCUUCGGAUAGCCGCAGCAUUACGGUGGGCGGUCAGUCAGCGCCUGCGCCCGGCGCGAGCGCAUCCGGUGGUGGUGUUGGAUCCGGCGGAGGCGGUGGUGGUAAGAAGAAAGGGAAGGAGGUUCAGGUCACACCAGACCAGAUCAGCGCCUUUGCGACCAAGAAGACGCCGGUCAUGAAGGUACAGUUCACACGUAUGAACCUGAUCGUAGCGGGCGGCUGUUAUGACCCUGAGCGGUAGGACCGC